UUUUUUUUUUUUUCCCUUUCCCUAUCAAGUUUUUUUAUUUUAUUUUUUAUAUAUACAAUGAAUACGAUCCUGAACACCUGCCUUGAUUUACAAAAGAAGCAAGCCGCAAUGCAAGAUACGCAACUUGAAAAAUUGUUUGCGUUUAAAGCCAUGUUACAAGCACAAAAGGAAGCGCUUUCGCAAAAUUUUUCACCACAACAAAGUUUAUUACAGAUACAAGACAAGGCGAAAAAUCUACAAUUUCAAAAGCCACAGAAAGAAUAUCAAAGCAGUUUAUCGAAAUUGAACAAGGAGUUGGACAGGAAAUUUAAGCAGGAUAUAUCAGUGAUCUAUCAUCCGGAGGCAUUUGCAGGCAAAAAGGACUUGAUUGCGAGAGCGUUGGCUUUACACUUUAUUCGAAAGGGACAAUUUGACUUGUGUGAGGAGUUUAUGAAUGAAGCACACAUUCCCAUUGAUGAUGAAUUGCGCGACAUGGUGGAACACUUAAAGUCUGAAUUUGAGCAAAUGUAUAAUAUACUACGUCAAUUAGAAGAAGAAGACGAUGUAACUCUGGCUAUCAAAUGGGCAGAAUCACACCAUGACGGAUUAAUGAAAUUGGGAAGCUCGCUAGAGUUCAAUUUACAUCGUUUGAGAUAUAUUCAAAUUUUUUUGAUGGGUAAAAAUUUAGAUGCGAUGGAGUACGGAAGAACCUAUCUGAAUAAGUUUGGUGAAAAGUAUAAUGAUGAAAUACAAAAACUAUUUGGCGCACUUGCAUUCAUUUCAAAAUUACCAGGAACUAAGUACGAAUAUCUUGACUCAAGAUCACAUUGGACAGAUAUCAGGCUAGAGUUUCAAAGGGAUUUUUGUUCCUUGCUAAAGAUGAGUGCUGAGAGCCCCCUUUAUACCAGUGUGUAUGUGGGAACUACGGCUUUACCCGUGAUUAUGAAAUUGUACACAAUCAUGGCUAAUAAAAAAGCAGAGUGGAGUGCACAGAACGAAUUGCCUGUAGAGAUCCCAUUGGAAGAGGAUUUACGCUAUCAUUCUGUGUUUGCAUGUCCUGUAUCGAAAGAACAAGCAACUGAAGAAAACCCACCCAUGAUGAUGCCCUGUGGCCAUGUUAUCUGUAAAGAGAGUUUAAUAAGAUUAUCAAGAAAUGGUCGCUCUUCUUCUAGCAAAUUCAAAUGUCCUUAUUGUCCUAAUGAAUCCUCUGUUGAACAGGCUGUUCAAGUUUACUUUUAAAAAAAGAAAAAAUCAAAAUAAAUAGUAA